UCUGUCAACAUGAGUCCUAAGUUGGGUUUUGCUCUGUUGGCAGCUUUCCUGAUCUCUGCAGUGUUGUGUGAAGAUGCACUGCAGCCAAGGGUGGCCACAGAACUGCGAUGCCAGUGUUUGAAGACACACCCCAAGCCUUUCCAUCACAAAUAUGUCCAAGAACUGAGAGUCAUCAACAGUGGACCGCACUGCCCCAAAUCAGAAGUCAUUGUGAAGCUGGUCGGGAAGGAUGGCGUGGAUGGCAAACUGGUCUGCCUGGACCCCACAGCAAAGUGGGUGCAGAAGCUCGUGGAGCUAUUUUUGAAGAAGGCUGAGAAAAAAGAACCAUAAAAAAAUCAUUCUUCAUGGUUUCCAAGAAUGCUUCAGUGAAGAGCAAAUGAAACCUCAAGCAAAACCCCAUCGGUACUUCCUGGAUUGCCUGGGUUAGGGGUAGGGCACCAGAAGAUAGGACGCCCAUGCACAUUUGACAUCCUGCAAAAUAAGGGAAAGUUUCCUACUUUUUCAUUUAUGUUGUCUCAUGCAAUAUCUAGAACAUACAUUUUUUAUAAACCUGUGUGUCUCAGACCCAAAUUUGACUGGAAAUACUGUAUUAAAAAAAAAAAAAUCUAGUCUGGAGGCCAGAAUUCAUGAGUCCCAGGGCAACCGUGCCUUGGUUUCUUCUCUGUUUCUCUACUAGGAAAAUGAUCAACUCUGUCGUCCUCCUACCUCACAGGGAUGUUGUGAGGACUGCGGGAAGCACUUUAAGCUUUUUCAUGGUCAUGUCGAUGAUCUUCAAGUAUAACUUAUUCACCUAUUUAUUAUUUAUAUAUUUAUUAAAGCAACAAACAUUGUAAUAUUUGUGCAUGAAAUUGAGAAAGUGGGAAAGAAAAUAUUAUUGGUUAGCCCAUACAAUUAAGUUAUAGAGCAUUUGGAUUAAUUUUAGGCAUCGAGUGAUAAUAUAUGAGAGAAUUUUUCACUAUGGUAAACAUAUUUAUUAAAUAAAAUUCAAGGUGCCUUAUAGAAAAGAAUGAGUACUUCCUUAAUAUGAAGAUGUGACUGUUAUUCUAAAAUGCAAAUUUAACUAAAAGUCCUACUUCUGUUAUUGGAGAUCUUGUCACUGCCUUCCUUGUUAUGCAUAGCUGUGCUGAAUCAUCUGUUUACAGUUAGAACUUCACUAGGCAACGUAAAUAGAAUAGUUUCUCGCUGCCUAAAAUUAUUCAUUAUGUACAAGUAGAUGGUCAUGCCUUCCGUGAAAUGAUUGUGUGUUUUCAAGAUCAGACUUUAUUUAUUUUUUUAACUUCAAGGUGACUUUAAGAUAUUUUUCUUACUUUUUAA